AUGGUAAGAUCUUCUUCGUGGCACCGAAUCUCAAAUUUCCUGAGAAAAUAUCGAAAAUUCCCUCACUCCUCUUUCAAAACCAAAUGGAACGAAACUCUCAAGCAGAAAUCCGCCAUGGAAGAGCUAAAACACGGUCUUUUCGUCUCAAAUUCAAGCUCGAUCGAGAACGAUGGUGUUAUCCGAACCCUAAUAACCUCAUUCCAACUCCAUAACUGCGAACCCACUCCUCAAGCUUACAGAUUCGUCAUCAAAACCCUAACCAAAACCUCACAGCUCGAGAACAUGAGAUCUGUUCUCAAUCACCUCGAAAUCUCCGAGAAGUUCGAUACACCUGAAUCCAUUUUCAAAGACGUGAUCUUUGCUUAUGGGUUUUCAGGUAGAAUCGAAGAAGCAAUCGAAGUUUUCUUCAAAAUCCCUAAUUUCAGGUGCGUGCCUUCUGCAUACACGCUUAAUGCAUUGCUCUUAGUUCUUGUGAGGAAGAGAAAAAGUCUUAAAAUGGUACCUGAGAUUUUGUUGAAAGCUAGUAGAAUGGGUGUAAGGUUAGAGGAAUUGACUUUCAGGAUAUUGAUCGAUGCUCUCUGUAGAAUCGGCGAGGUAGAUUACGCCACUGAGUUAGUGAAGUACAUGAGUGAUGAUUGUUUUAUUGUUGAUCCGAGAUUAUACACUCGGUUGCUGAGUUCUGUAUGUAAACACAAGGACUCUUUGUUUUUCGAUAUCAUUGGAUAUAUGGAAGAACUGAGAAAAACUCGGUUUACGCCAGAUUUACGGGAUUAUACAGCCGUAAUGAGGUUCUUGGUUGAAGGAGGAAGGGGGAAAGAAGUUGUGAGUGUACUGAACCAGAUGAAAUGCGAUCGAAUAGAGCCUGAUAUUGUUUGUUAUACAAUUAUAUUGCAAGGGGUUAUUGCGGAUGAGGAUUACUCAAAAGCAGACAAGUUGUUUGAUGAGCUGCUCUUGUUAGGUUUGACACCUGAUGUUUAUACCUAUAAUGUGUAUAUCAAUGGCUUAUGCAAGCAAAACGAUAUUAAAGGCGCCAUAAAGAUGAUGUCUUCUAUGGAAAAGCUAGGUUCUGAGCCUAAUGUAGUUACAUACAAUAUAUUGAUAAAGGCAUUGGUUAAAGCCGGGGAUAUGAGUCGAGCUAAGACUCUAUGGAAAGAGAUGGAGACAAAUGGGGUUGACCGGAACAGCCACACAUAUGAUAUUAUGAUUAAUGCAUUUAUUGAAGAAGACGAGGUUGUUUGUGCUCACGGUUUAUUGGAGGAAGCGUUUAAAAGGAAGUUGGUGAUUAAGAGUUCAAGAGCCGAGGAUGUCAUUUGCAGGUUAUGCGAGAAAGGUUUGAUGGAUGAAGCGGUGGAACUUAUAGCACACCUGGUUUAA